AUGGACGGUGUGGAUAAUGAGACAAGUCCCGUUCCAAAAAUAGUGAACGGUGUCGUUCGGAUGCGGGAACGACAAAUGCGGACCGCAAUUACGACAGGUCAUCGGACGUAUUCUUCACAUCGACCAGGCAAAAUUGUGAAAAGUUCACGAGAGUGUCGUCCCACCGUCUUCACGCAUACAAACUCCAAAAAGACACAGCGCAAUAGGGAAUUCCUCCAUCUCCUUAGUGACAAUCCUUCCCUUCCCCAGGAGGGGCGAAAUACCGCAGGUUCGAAAGUUCCGUUUGUGCCUGGGUGGGAUGAAUCGACAUCCACCGCCAUUAAAACUUCCCCUCCUCUUCCUCUCUCGACGGUUGCCAACCAACGAGCGCCGCUACUGAACCACGGAAUUGGAAUGCAUUGGCUUGGUGUGGGCACUUGCAAAAUGCCCUCAGAUUGCCCCAUAGAAAGACCCCCUUCUGAAUGGAAUCAGCUAAUCACUGAUAUGAUGGAACCACUCCUCAUCAAAACAGCAGGUGAUACAGCCAAUGAGGAGGUCUUUGAGCCUGAAAAGAUUAUCAACCCUCGAUUGUUCUCCCAGACAGCCUCAGCGUUACCACACCUCUCUCCCCCCAAAAGAACCAAUAGGCGAAGUCGCAGGCCGCCUGGAGAAUACAAAUACCCCUCGAGGCCCGCCCUGAGAGCGGGGCGCGAAGAUCACAGCUCCGAAUUCUACAUGCCAACCUCUUCGGACAGACGCAAGGUUAUGAUACUUUCUCGAUCCGAGCAUUGGAAAAAUAUGGUAUGA